CGGCCCGUACUUUGUCUCUAACAAUCAUCUUAGUUAUUCAAGAUGCCGCUCUGCUAGCAACAAUGCAAGUGAUAAAUGCGAUUUAUUUUCUUAGUCGUUAUCUGACUUGUUUACCCUAACUGUCCAAUCACCAGAUUUAGUCUCGCCUAACGAUCCGUACGAAGAUAAGUCCUUCAAUGGACGUAGCAACAAAUCACGACUUCGAAUGUAAAGACUGUAUCCAAUGCAUGCUAGUACCCUUUCCGGAACUUCUGAAGACAGCAUUUCCUCGGUAACUCCUCCUACAGCGCACCUCCCUCCAAUGAAGAAAAUUCCACAUUACCCACCGGAACAUCUCCUGAAGUUUCUUGUAUACCUUCGCUCGAUAUACAGCCCCCCAGUUCGAGGAUCAAAGCGCCGUCGUCAUUCAGAAACAGCCGUCGCACUCGAGAAUUGGCGCUCUGAUUCAUUCGAGCGGUCAUACGCCAUAAGAUGGCUCACAGUCCUUGUCUCUCAUGCCGGGCUCUGGGAAGAAGAAAUACAGCAUCAUGCACUUAUCGCAGAGGCAGCUGCGCUCCUUGCAGUUUGUUCCGGGACAGCAGGCGCGGGUGUCAUUCACCGCGACUUUGUCUUCUCCCCAGGCGCUAUCCGAGUCCAGCUUACAGACGUGCCUCUGGAAAAUCACGAUUUUGGUAGCGUGGGGGCCCAGACGUGGGGUGGAGCCUGUGUGCUUGCCGAGGCAAUCGUAGAAGAUCCCACUGCUUUCGGAUUGCAAUCGGGAAUACGUGUUUUGGAACUGGGCGCCGGGACGGGCCUGGUUAGCAUCGUCGUUGGGAAGCUACUCGAGGGAUGCGUUACGAUUGUCGCCACGGAUUUCUACCCAUCGGUUUUGGAUAACCUCAAAGCUAACAUCGGGAAUAACUUCGUUCAGCCAGCAUCGGUCGCUAUCAGUUCCACUUUCUUGGACUGGGCGGACAGCGACAAUCAUGAUGUUUCACUGGAUGCACCAUUUGACGUUGUACUAGGGGCGGAUAUCGUUUACGACGCUCAGCAUGCCGUAUGGAUCAAAAAGUGCCUCCGAAAGUUCCUUAGCAAGGGAGCGGUAUUCCAUCUUGUCAUUCCCCUCCGAGCGACCUUUGCUACAGAAUCAAAUACUGUAGAAUUGAUAUUCCAGAAUGACGACCUGGUCGUUCUUUCAAAGGAACCUAUAGUUUGCGAUGCAGAGAAUGGAAUCGGAGACGAGGUUGUGGAGUAUGCGUAUUAUAAGAUAGGUUGGGCUUCAUAGAUAUACAUCGCAUAAUAUACUACAGUUUCUAGAUCGCAACU